CUGUAUAACUUCUCCAUCGUCAACACUGGCAUCGAUCAGUAUAACUCAAUGCUCAGAGGCGGUAUGGCGCCAACUCACCGCCGGCGAGUCUCAGUGCCCAACUCAGUACAACAUGAGAAUCGCCUGCGACGACGAAAGUUGUCCCAAUCGACAAAUGGAGAAAGUCCUACCAAUGCCGAACCGCCACCCAAACCUAGCAACAUCAGCGCCGAAGCCACUAUCUGCACAAACCUGAAUAGCGCGGCGGGAGGUAUUCAAUUACCUCUGCACGUAAAACCCGGCCCCGUAAGCGCGACAAAAGCAGCAGCUACGAGCAAACCAAAGCCAAACGACGACAUUAAUGACAAGGGGUCUGAUAUUGAGGAAUUGGAGAAGUCGAUGUCGGCCCUCAUGUUUGUCCCGACGAGCGUUGCUCUGAGGAUGGAUGGAACAAAACAACGACCUAAACAGGGACGAUAA